AUGCUGCUCUCUCGUCUGCGCAGCCGUGUGCCGUUGCGGCCAACGGCUUUGACUCUGCGAAGCUGCUCUUCCCACGCUGCCGAUUCAGACAAUUCCGAGUCGACAGUGCGUGUGCGCUACGCUCCAAGUCCUACCGGCUACCUGCAUCUGGGUGGUCUGCGCACUGCGCUCUUCAAUUAUCUGUUCGCCAAAAGUUCCGGUGGACAGUUUAUCCUGCGUAUUGAGGAUACGGAUAAAACGCGUCAGGUUGAGGGAUCGGUAGAGGCGCUUGUGAACAGCCUCAAAUGGUGCGGCGUCGAGGAGGACGAGGGUCCCAACGUUGGUGGUCCCCACGGCCCGUACAUUCAGUCGCAGCGCCUUCCGAUCUACAAGGAGGCCGCCGAGAAGCUGAUUGAGAGUGGGAAUGCUUACCGCUGCUUCUGUACGAGUGAGCGUCUACAGAAGUUGCGGGAGUCUCAGACCCGUCAUGGCGAGGCGACCAUGUACGACCGUGCGUGUCUCGGUCUAGACGAGAAGGAGGUGGAAGCGCGAGUGGCUCGCGGAGAACCGCACACAGUUCGACUGAAAAUCCCGGAGGGCAAGACGGUUGUCAAGGACCUACUGCGUGGAUAUGUGCAGUUCGAACACGCUGGUAUUGACGACCAAGUUUUGAUGAAGAGCGAUGGCUACCCGACGUAUCACCUUGCGAACGUGGUGGACGAUCACGCUAUGCGCAUUUCUCACGUUAUCCGCGGCGAGGAAUGGCUGCCGUCGACGCCGAAGCAUGUAAUCCUGUACAAGGCACUGGGAUACGAGGCCCCGACUUGGGCACAUUUGGGUCUCCUACUGAAUGAAGACCGCUCCAAGCUGUCGAAGCGUCAGGGAGAUGUCGCCGUCGAGGAUUUCCGGAACAAGGGGUUUAUCCCAAGUGGCCUGGUCAAUUUCGUGGCUCUUUUGGGUUGGAAUCCCGCCGGUGGCAACAACCAGGAGAUUUUUCAGAUGAAGGAGCUGGAGAAGCACUUCUCGAUUGAUCACGUGAACAAGGCCGGAUCGGUUGUAAACGUGGAUCGUCUCCGCUGGAUUAACUCCCGUCACGUUCGCGCGCUGUUUGCUGAGGAGACUGCAACUGACGAACACAAAUUAGCUGUUGUGAAUGAUGUGGUACCGAUGUGUUCGUCUUCUUUUGAAGAAGCGGGCGUGUCCUCCACUGCCGCUGAUCUAAUCGAUAAGUUCGGUGUGAACUAUGUCUGGCGAGCGAUGGAUCUGAUGAAGGAACGCGUGAGUGCACUACCCGAAUUCGGUCCGCUGUGUGUUCCAUUCUUUACUGAGCCCAAUCUCAGCUCAUCGAUUGCACAAGAUAUGAAGGCUAAGUACAUUGAUGAGAGCACACCAGAACUUGUAGCGGAUGUCUGCGCAAACCUACGCAGUCUCUCUGAUGAAGAAUUUACACCGGAUCACAUUACAAAGAGUAUUAAGGCUGUUGCAAAGAGCCGAAAGUUGGGGUUGAAGAAAGUGCUGAUGCCGAUUCGUUACUACUUGACGGGCAUGGAUGUCGGUGCUGGACUUGGUGAUACGAUUGAACUGCUCGGCCGUGAAACUGUGCUUCGGCGAUUGAAGCUCGAAUAA